AAGCAUCGAUAGUCUAUCGAUUGCUUACAAUCAAGUGCACACCACUACUAUAAAGGUGUGGAAAAAUAAAUUCCACAAAAAGAGCAAAUAUUUAUGAAUUUAAUUUGUAUUUAUUAAGCAGUUCUUGAAAAUUAAAUUUAAAUACUAAUUUCAUCCGAAUCAAAAGUGGCUGUUUGAUGUUUUUUUUUGGGAGUAGCGCUGAACGAAAAGAGUGACGGGCGUCAAUGUGGACGCGUUAAAACCCGGUUGUGAUUAGUUGGAGAUUUUCAUUACUUACCGAGGAUGCCUCUGCCAAAGCGAUCUAUUGAGCCCGUUCAUGUGGCACGAUCCGUGUACCAACAAGAUGAGCUGCAGUCGGUAGAGCUGGAGACGGUAACAAACACCACACUCACGAAUAUCAUACGGCAGCUGUCAUCGCUGUCGAAGCACGCCGAAGAUGUUUUUGGCGAGCUGGCCCGAGAUGUGGGAAGUAUUGGCGAUCGUGCGAAUUCUCUCCAGGCACGCAUCGAUCGGCUGGCAAUUAAGGUUACCCAGCUGGACAGCACCGUGGAAGAGGUGCCACUCACCGAUAUUACAAGGAAGAAGGCCUUCAAGUCGGCAAAGAUAUUUGAUCAGCAAAUCUUCUCACGAGCUACAAUGCCUGCCCCAAUGCUGGAGACAUACGCCCAGUGCGACAAGCCACCACCGCUGGACAAGCUGAACGUCUAUCGAGACGAUGGAAAGGAUGGCCUCAAAUUCUACACUGAUCCGAACUAUUUCUUUGAGCUAUGGCGACAGGAAAUGCUGAAGGACACGGAGCGCGUCAUGCACGAUAAAGGGAAGAAACUUAACCGGCCACGGCCAGACGGUGGCAGCGGCGGGGCCGCCGGUCGUGGCAAUAAAAAACAAAAGACAAAAAUUAGAGCACCGCAUAAUACUCGGGAGAAGCAGCGACAGCUCGUCCUGGGCCACGGCGAGACGUUGAUGCCCAACAACGUUAUUUAUCGCACUCCAAAUUCAAUGGUCAACGAGGAAGCCGGAUAUGGAACUCAGCUAGUCAAAAUAAUAACCACAGCGCAAGGCGCCGACAUCGAUUUGCGGCACCAGGUUGUGUCGCAUUUGCCCGAUAUCGAUAGGGAUAAUGUCCAAGACGUAGAUUCAGUAAAGCCAUAUAAUAUGCUCUCACAUUUGGAGAAAAACAGUAAUCUCACAAAGCAAACCGCCGUUGCAAUUACAGAUAUGGGUGUUUAUGACACGCGCCCACCGCGUCCAAACUCCAUUGAACUAAGACGCAGCUACCCAUCUGAGCACGUCGAUGGUAGCGGCUACGAGCAGCAUACCCCACAAGCGGCUGCCAAUCAAUACUCAACUUACGGCGGGAAUGGCUUGUCGGCCGCACCUCACAUGCAUAUGCAGCAUCAGCAACUAUACGAUUCCGGGCUUUAUCAGUCGCAUGCGUUAUACGGUCAAAGUGGACAGGGUGUUAUGUCCCCAGAACCAAUAUACGGGCCGGGAACGCCAUCUCGCAAUAAACCCCGACCUUCGCAGCCACCACCGGCACCACCUUCGAAUGGCAGUGGAGGCGGCACACCUACUGCCUCAAACGCAAAUACUCCGACGCGAGGUCGAAGUAUGUCGACAAGUCGUGACGCGUUGCCACCGCCGCCGCCAGUUCCAGAUGCAGUUUCACCAUUGUCAUCAAUGAACGGCGCCAACAAUAGCCAUAUGUCUGUUAAACUACUGGGGCGCACAAACAGUGCAUCGCGAGCUGGAUCUCCGCAGAUGGCUCCCAGCAACAGCGCCCAUAAUGCAAAUGACCUUGUUAUGGCGCAACUAAGUAAUACAUUUAACAGCAUUGGCAUGACAGGAAACCAACUGAACUCUCUUAGCGACUUACCUCCGCCACCACCAGUGCCCGAUCAGCACCUACCCAAACUGUCUUCACCAAAUACGGCACCACCACCGCCGCCACCACCACCACCUGUAGAUGAAGGCUUAGGCAGUCUCCAUACAAUGCGUCCACACCAAGUUCUACCCAAAACGCCUGCCAAUGGCGAAAUUCAGCAAGGGCUAAAUGGUGGGUCGCACAUUGUGAGUGCCAAAAAGUUACUGCCUCCAUUCCACGAUCCCCGCAACGAUUUAAUGAAAGCUAUUCGAGAUGGCAUCACUCUGCGUAAGGUGGAAAAGUCCGAGCAGAAGGAGAUCGAACGCAACACAGCACCACUUGAUGUGGCAUCGAUCUUGGCAAGACGUGUGGCGAUUGAGUUGUCCGAGUCUGAAGAUUCGGAUAGUGAAGACGACAGCGAAGGUUGGAUGGAGCCCAACGAAACAUCGGCUUGAUCCCUGAUAAAUUCAUUAAAUCCGGUCGUAAUAUUAAAGAAUAAGAAGAAGAAGUAAUUCCAAAGAGAAUUAAUCCAUACGUUGGUAUUUAGCAAGCGUGUUCUGCAAUUGGAUUACUUAGAAGCACCAAAGCUUUUCAACCACUCUUAUAUCAAAUAUUCCUAUUUCUACAUUACUAUAUACAUAUAUUUAUAAUCGAAAGCUAAUAGAUUGUAUAUACAAACAAGUAAUUAUAUUAUCGUUAAAUUUACCGAUAUAGCACUAAACAUUAGGCAUUUACGAGUAUGUAAAACUCGAUCGGGUGCGAAAUACGCUCCUGAAUAUUUCGAUGUGUCUAAAUAAUUAUUGUCUUUUGUAUUAUAGAACUUGGUGUUUGGAUAAUAAUUUAUAAAUAAUCGAUAUUAACACUAAACUCAAUCCUAUCCCUACCCGAAAAUCUGAAUAUCCGAAAAAAAGAAUUUUAAUGCAAUUAAUAUAACAUUAUUCACAUUAAAAGCUUACUAUGCUGUAUAUACGAAAAUAUGUAAAGAUAAAAAGCUUCGGCACUUGAUAACACAGAUAUAAAUUGUAUUAUCUACAUAUGUAUAAUUAAAGGAUUUGUAAUUGAUCACGUAUAAAUAAGCACCUAUGGAUGUGUGGUCAUAUAUUCAAACGUCUAUAACAUACAUGUAUUCUUUAAACAAAUAUAAAAUAAAGUAAUUAUUACCCAACA